AGCGACGCGCGAUAAGGCGGCCUAGGGUGGCAGUGCCAGCAGCUCGGCGCCUUGGGGACCGACACCCGAUCGCGCCACCGCGGGAGGAGUCCGGGUCCUGGGCCGAGGCAACCCCGGGAAUGCUUUCAGGCAGCACAAACAUGGCUGCGGCCGUGCGAGCUGCGAGAGCCCUGCUCCGCGAUCGGCUGGUGCAUGGCGGCUCGAGGACCUGCCAACCAUGGAGGGGCCAGUCGAUUGGAGCCACGGCAUCCGCUGCCACAGAAACAGCCCAACAUGGCAGAAGCCCAAAACCGCAAGUUCAGCCGGGGAAGAGGAAGCCAAAAACUGGAAUUUUAAUGCUAAACAUGGGAGGCCCUGAAACCCUGGGAGAUGUUCACGACUUCCUUCUGAGGCUCUUCUUGGACCGAGACCUCAUGACGCUUCCUAUUCAAAAUAAGCUGGCACCAAUCAUCGCCAAGCGCCGAACCCCCAAAAUUCAGGAGCAGUACCGCAGGAUUGGAGGUGGGUCUCCCAUCAAGAUGUGGACCUCCAAGCAAGGAGAAGGCAUGGUGAAGCUGCUGGAUGAGUUGUCCCCGCACACAGCCCCUCACAAAUACUAUAUUGGAUUCCGGUACGUCCAUCCUUUAACAGAAGAAGCAAUUGAAGAGAUGGAGAGAGACGGGAUAGAAAGGGCUAUUGCCUUCACGCAGUAUCCACAGUACAGCUGCUCCACGACUGGCAGCAGCUUAAAUGCCAUUUACAGAUACUAUAACCAAGUGGGAAAGAAGCCUGGGAUGAAGUGGAGCACCAUUGACAGGUGGCCCACACACCCCCUCCUCAUUCAGUGCUUUGCAGACCACAUAGUGAAAGAACUGGACCAUUUUCCACUUGAGAAGAGAAGUGAGGUGGUCAUUCUGUUUUCUGCUCACUCACUGCCAAUGUCUGUGGUCAACAGAGGGGACCCCUAUCCUCAGGAGGUGGGCGCCACUGUGCAGAGAGUCAUGGAUAAGCUGGGUUACUCCAAUCCCUACCGACUGGUUUGGCAGUCUAAGGUUGGUCCGAUGCCCUGGCUGGGCCCUCAAACAGAUGAGACUAUCAAAGGGCUUUGUGAGAGGGGGAGGAAGAACAUUCUUUUGGUUCCAAUAGCGUUUACCAGCGAUCACAUUGAAACGCUGUAUGAAUUGGACAUCGAGUACUCUCAAGUUCUAGCUAACGAGUGUGGAGUGGAAAACAUCAGAAGAGCAGAGUCUCUUAAUGGAAAUCCAUUGUUCUCCAAGGCCCUGGCCGAUCUGGUGCUGUCACACAUCCAGUCCAACGAGCUGUGCUCCAAGCAGUUGACCCUGAGUUGUCCACUCUGUGUAAAUCCUGUCUGCAGGGAGACCAAAUCCUUCUUCAGCAGCCAGCAGCUGUGACCCCCGCCAGAGGACCCCCCGGGAUUAGGCAAAUGCCCAACCCCCAGACGCCACUGUUGUGGAGGAGAUGCAUUUAGAGGUCAAGGAAGAAAGUUUCACUGGCAUCUGUACAGCCUUUGGGUAAAAAGUGUGUGAUUUCUUGAGGAACAGACUCUGAAAUCCUUACUGGGGUGUUCUAUUUUUAUACACCAAUACAGUAAGCACAUAUACUCCCCCUCUGUGGGUAAAGUUACCAGUUUGGAAUGUCCACUGGGCUAUUUAAAAAAUGAGUUUUAAAAAUUUAUCUUAAUAGAUGCGCACAUAUUUUAAAUAUAGAUUUUGGUUUUAUUGCCCCAAAACCUUGCAAGGAUAUCAAGAGUCCCCUUUGUGCGCUGUCAGUGUGAAUGAGCUCUGUUUACAGUCUUGUGCAUGUAGUUAGUUGUCCUUGUAUUUUAAGGGAACAUAGAUGAGUGAAGGAAAUAUAAUUUGAAA